AUAUAUAUAUAUAUAUAUAUAUAUAUAACUCCAACCCGCGAUAGAAGGUCGUUCACACAUGAGGUGCAAGGCAGCCCCGUCGGCCAUUUUGUGUCUCCUGAAGACAGCUGUCAAGAUGCCAGUCACCAGGGAGCAACAGAAGCGGAUGGAGAAAUUCAAAAACAGAGGCAAAAGCCUUCUAGAAAUGCGAAGGCAAAGAGUGGAAGUAGAAGUUGAACUUCGCAAGGCGAGGAAGGACCUGCAGAUCUUGAAGCGAAGGAACAUCAGUGUCAGCACAGAUGAUGACCUCACAUCAGAGAAGAAUCAGGCUGCUCAAAUUCCUUUGGAGGAAAUAGUCAAGGCGCUGAAAUCAGAUGAUCAACAUCUUCAUCUCAAGGCAACCAUGUCCAUUAGGAAACUACUCUCUCAACAUAAGAACCCUCCCAUUGACCAAGUCGUUGAAGCUGGGGUCAUUCCUAAACUCGUGGACUUUUUGUAUCAUCACGACGCUCCAAGCUUGCAACUAGAGGCUGCUUGGGCGCUCACUAACAUCGCUUCUGGGACAUCUGACCAGACCAGAGCAGUAGUGGAGGCCAAUGCCGUGCAAGGCUUGAUAGUCAUCUUGUCUUCUCCAAAGAUGCAUAUCUGUGAGCAGGCUGUGUGGGCCUUGGGGAACAUAGCAGGUGAUGGCCCCCUGUACAGAGAUGUGCUGAUCAACUUCAAUGCAAUCCCUCCCCUCCUGUCCUUGGUGACACCUUGCACUCCGGUUGGGUUCCUGCGCAACAUCACCUGGACGCUGUCCAACCUCUGCAGAGGCAAAAACCCGUAUCCUCCCCUGGCAGCUGUGCAGCAGAUGCUCCCCAUGCUCAUGAACCUUCUGCAGUAUGACGACGAGGCCAUCCUUGCAGACGCCAGCUGGGCUUUCUCUUACCUGACAGAUGGCUCGAAUGAUCGCAUCCAUGUGGUGGUGGAGGUUGGGGUGCUUCCGCGGCUGGUGCAGCUCCUGGCCUACGCAGACCUGCCAAUCCUGACUCCAGCUCUCCGCACUCUGGGCAACAUAGUCACCGGCACAGACGAGCAGACGCAGAUGGCCAUCGACGCCGGUGCGCUGUCUGUCUUGCCACACCUCCUGCACCACCCUAAGCCAUCCAUACAGAAGGAGGCAGCCUGGGCUUUGAGCAACAUUGCCGCAGGGCCCAGCAGCCAGAUACAGCAGCUCAUCACUUGCGGCCUCCUGCCUCCCCUGGUGGAGCUGCUGGAGAAGGGAGACAUCAGGGCCCAAAGGGAGGCUGUGUGGGCUGUUGCCAACUUCACCACUGGAGGGACGGUGCAGCAGGUGGAGGAAAUGGUCCAGGCGGGGGUCCUUAAACCUCUGCUGAACUUGCUGGCUCUCAAAGAUGCCAAAAUUAUCCUCGUCGUCUUGGACAGCAUCUCCAGUUUCUUCCUGGCUGCUGAGAAGCUGGGUGCAACACAGAGGCUGUGCCUUUUGGUGGAAGAGCUUGGGGGCCUGGAGAAGAUCGAAGCCCUCCAGACUCACGAGAACACCUUUGUCUACCAAGCUGCCCUGGGCCUUAUAGAGAAAUAUUUUCCCGACAAUAUUCCUGGGCAGUGUAUUUCUGUGAGGACUGCUGGAGAGUUAUUGGCAGGGUGAAAACUCGGUUUCAGAAACAGGAGAAGGAACAGCACCUUCACCUUUCUUGACUGAUAUGCAAGACUGCUUUAAAUUCUGACUGGGAGACCCAGCACACAACACACUUUCUUGACUCGGUGAAAGGCACCACAUUUAACUCGGCUAUUUAAAAGCACUAACCAGGGCAAGGGGUUAUAAAUAUUGCUUUUGUAAUGAUUGAAUAAUGUAAAAAAUCAUAAAUAUUGCUUUUGUAAUGAAUGGAUGAUGUAAAAAUUCAUAAAUAUUGCUUUUGUAAUGAAUGAAUAAUGUAAAAAUUCAUAAAUAUUGCUUUUGUAAUGAAUGAAUAAUGGAAAAAUAAAUCCUGCAUUUGUACAAAUCUGCAUCUCAAACCACCUCU